GUUCAUCAGAUUCAAAUAUUUACUUCGCUACUCGAUCUAUAUAAGGGUUUCUACACAUCUAGCUUUUUCUAUCCUCUCAAUUGAUUUUAACUGCAACCAUCAGGGCGGACCGUGUGCUCUCCUUGAUCCCCCAAGCACAAGAUGCUCUAUCAAGAAUCAGUAUGAGCGUUCAGAAUUGGCAACAUGGACGGUUGGCCAUCUCUACGAUCGCAGCCACUGUGUUGGCUUUCGUGAUCCCCGUCGCAUACCGCGACUACCGCAUCUUCGUAUCCUAUGGACCAAACGGGGUGCCAAACAAUCUGUUCGGGUGGAUUGUAGCGGGAGUAUUGUUGCGUCCAUUCGGGAGAGAAAUGUUUGGCACAGGUCCGUAUGAACACAAGAUUCACACUGGCGAGGAUAAGAGUUUUCUGCCAUCGGGAGUGCCUUUAAGGCAGGGAGGCCGACCUGUUGUUGGGCCGCAUGUUAUACCCCAAAGACAGCUGAGCCAAACUAUCGAUAAGGGUCUCAAAGAGGGGCUUAUGAAGGAGUUCCAGGCUUUUGCCUCUCGGAAUUUACACCUCGUCAAGAUGUCUCCAUCCCGACUUGAAAAGCAGACACCUGCCCUUUUUGUGACGGAUAAUGUCUCCGGGACAUCAAUGUCCAAGUCGAUGGAUAGCGAGAUCUCACACAUCCACGGCACAAGUGAUUAUUCCGUUCAUAUGGUAUUGUCACCGGCUGAUUGCAAAAAGGUAUUUGAGUCUGAAUGGGGACAACGGCACGCCCUGUGUGGCUGCUCCAUUACUCGAUAUAUCACCAAAGGAAAGGUUCUCCGUUUGCCAGAGGAGUUCGUAUUUAUCUAUGCGCCGCGGAAUGAGGAGGAAAUCCAAAUUGUGAUGCAACUUGUUACGGCAAGCGUCAAGUAUAUGACUGGCUCGGAUGAAGUGAGGUGAAUGUGGGUCAGAGUAUGAAAAUGAUUAAUGACUACUAUCAUGUUAAUAAUAGGAUUUGCCAACUUCAGAUCAUUUCGCUGUCAAAGUGGCCGUAGCAGUUGUUCUUGGCAGGAGAAGGCUAACACCGCAUUGCGCAUAGUUGGAAUGAAAUAUUUGAUUUGAUCCACAUUUCUUCACGGACAUACCCUAUUUGAGCCCCUGUACUUUUUGGGAUCAUAGGGGCAAAGCUUGAAAUUUAUCGGGAAUCGAUACAUGGCCCAACGCAGACUGCCCUGAAAAUUCCGCGUAGGAUAGACUGGUUGUCAUCAGGCCACUGUUGCAUCGUGAUUAUCGAAUAGGCACCAUUCCUUUACCAACACG